GGAGUAUUUUAUCACUGACAUUAUUUAGAAUUGCUGGUGAGUAGUGAUAAUAGAAAAGCAGCCUUUAGUUGGCUUUAUAACUGUUUUUAAGUUCUUUACAUAUAGUGCAGCCUCCUAUGAUUUUCUGCGCCUUCCCAUUCUUGAUGAUUUCAAAGAAAAACAAAGCUAGACAGUGUAAGGCUGUAAAGAGAGAUUUUAUUCACUACUAUUGCAAUAAGGUAGACACUUCAUAAUAGAACUUAGCACUUAGCUCAAUUCCAAAUAUAAUAAAGACAACUGUUGUUUUAUGGCCAAUGAGUAGAGUGAGGGGGCCAAUUGGUGGACAAUUACUAAGAGGAGACAUCACUAGGAGGAGAGUUCUUGCUAAAGGCAGGCCAAAGAUUUAUACUUCAAGGGUAGGGUAUGAGGAACUUGAUCAGAUAUCCAGGUGGAGAUUCUCACCAAACUGAGAGCAGGAUUCUUGCUAUAGCUGGGCUAGGCAGGUGGUGGAGGUCAGGGUCCAAGGAUGAGGCCUAGUCAAGAUGAGGGCUCAGAAGAGUCCUGAAAAUUUGACUUUCAAGAAGAGAAUCUCUGUCAGUGGUAACUGCCUAGGACAUAUAUUCGUGAAAUAGGUAGCUCUAGAAACAAGGGAAAUAAUACAGAAAAGAUGGGCAAUUAAAGAGGACUUCAUUUUUAAACAUCCCAAUCUUAUGAUUAUAAAGCCCAAAUCAUCAUUAGUCAUUUCGUCAGUGAUAUUAAUAAAGAAUAAAAGCCAGGAAGUAAAUGUGCAUAAUAUGACAUAACUUGUUUGUCUUUCUGUCUUUACUCCCUAGUCUUUCACCACUUUCAGUGGCAGUUUCUCACUUUCUUUUUUAUGACAUGGCUUUGAAUGACAAAGUUUGUGUCUAGAUCAGCAUAGCAAUGUUUCCUCCUUUCAAAGGUGAUUGAUCAGCUUUCUAUUGACACCCGGUGCCAACAAGGGAAAAAGGCCAUGUCCCAAGGAAGAGACGUGUAGGACCAGUGUGGGACCAGUCCCAGCCUUUUUCUGUCUCAUGUCUGACACUAACCCUCAUGAUUACCCUCCUGUUCCCAGCUUGUCUCUAACUCAGGUUGACAUGGGGAAGAGUGGGAGAGACGGGAACAGGGGAUUUUUAUCCGAAAGGGCCUGGGUUUACUGAGGAUUUCAAGAGGAGGGGGAGAAAAAAGGAAAAAAAAAUACCCUCUUAGAUGGGGUUUUCAGAGAGGGUAGCUGGAAAAUGGAAAGUUACAUUAGAGAGUGAAGUUUCUGGAGCUAGAAAAGUGAGGGUGUGGGGAUUUAUAGGAAGCAGAGCUGAGGGUUAUAAAUUAGAUCUCUUAUUAUUCUUUAGCAGAGGCUGGCAAAAAUUUUAAAGACUUGUGAAUAUUUUUGGGUGGUUGGACUGUGUCCAUGUGAGGCUCAGCCCUGAGGGUCCUGACUGAUCGAGUUACAUUAAGAAACCUUUAGUUUGAGGGGCAAAGUUGACUGCUAGGUCCCUUUAACAUUCCCUAUAUAGCAAUGAGGCAGCUUCAGUUUCUGAACUGGACCCAGUGGAGGUAAAUUGACUCCUUUCCUCUGAAAGCUAGCUUGAAUGCGGCAACCAAUUCUUCUCAAGCGAGAAUGUGAGGGGGUGAAAACUGGCUUUGAGACACUUCUGGAUGUUCACAUGUGGAACACCUAAAAAUGGACAAAGAAAACAGUGAUGUUUCAUCCAAACCUGCUGAUGUGAAUAUAUCCAAUAUCUCAGUUCAGGUGGUCAGUGCCCCGGCGAAGUUUCCAGUACGACCAGUGAGACCAGUGAGACCAGUGAGACCAGUGAGACCAGGGAGACGGCCACUUCGAAAACCCAUCAGCAAAGCCAAACCCAAGAAGCAACUCAAGAAGAAAGCUCCCUUUUGGAAUGUCCAAAAUAAAAUCAUUCUCUUCACAGUAUUUUUGUUCAUCCUAGCGGUCACAGCCUGGACACUUCUGUGGCUCUACAUCCGUAAGACAGAGAGCAAAGAUGCCUUUUACUUUGUUGGGAUGUUUCGCAUCACCAACAUUGAGUUUCUUCCGGAACACCGACAAAAGGAUUCCAGGGAAUUUCUGUCAGUGGCACGGACUGUGCAGCAAGUGGUAAACUUGGUUUACACAACGUCUGCCUUCUCCAAAUUUUACAAGCAGUCGGUCAUUGCAGAUGUCAGCAGUAACAACAAAGGUGGCCUCCUUGUUCACUUUUGGAUUGUGUUUGUCAUGCCACAUGCCAAGGCCCAUAUCUUCUGUGAGGAUUGUGUGGCUGCCAUCUUGAAGGACUCCAUCCAGACGAGCAUCAUAAACCGGACUUCUGUGGGAAGCUUGCAGGGUCUGGCUGUGGACAUGGACUCUGUGGUACUAAAUGCUGGGCUUCGGUCAGAUUACUCUUCAACCAUAGCACCUGAGAAAGGCUGCUCUCAGUACUUGUAUGCAGAUCAUCUGUCUGUCCGCUACCCUCUGGACAUUUCUGCCACCUCAGGGAGGCUGAUGUGCCACUUCAAGCUGGUGGCCACAGUGGGCUAUGUGAUUCGUCUGUCAAUAGAGUCCAUCCAAAUUGAAGCCGACAACUGUGUCACCGACUCCCUGACCAUUUAUGACUCCCUCUUGCCAAUCCGGAGCACCAUUUUGUACAGAAUUUGUGAACCCACAAAAACAUUAAUUUCAUUUGUUUCUACAAAUAAUCUCAUGUUGGUGAUAUUUAAGUCUCCUCAGAUACAGAGGCUAUCAGGAAUCCGGGCAUAUUUCGAGGUCAUUCCAGAACAAAAGUGUGAAAAUGCAGUUUUGGUCAAAGAAAUCACUGGCUUUGAAGGGGAAAUUUCAAGUCCAUAUUACCCAAGCUACUAUCCUCCAAAAUGCAAGUGUACCUGGAAAUUUCAGACUCCCCUAUCAACUCUUGGCAUAGCACUGAAAUUCCAUAACUAUUCAAUAAGCAAGAAGAGUGUGAAAGGCUGUGACCAUGGAUGGUGGGAAAUUAAUGAGCACAUGUACUGUGGCUCCUACAUGGAUCACCAGACAAUAUUUCGAGUGCCUAGCCCCCUUGUUCACCUUCAGCUUCAGUGCAGUUCAAGGCUUUCGGACAAGCCACUUUUGGUGGAAUAUGGCAGUUACAACAUCAGUCAACCCUGUCCUGUUGGAUCUUUUAGAUGCUCCUCCGGUCUGUGUGUCCCUCAGGCUCAGCGGUGUGAUGGCGUAAAUGACUGCUUUGAUGAAAGUGAUGAACUUUUCUGUGUGACUCUUAAACCUGCCUGCAAUGCCAGCUCCUUCAAGCAGCACAGCCCUCUGAUCUGUGAUGGCUUCCGGGACUGUGAGGAUGGCCAGGACGAGCAGAACUGCACUCAAAGCAUUCCAUGCAACAAUGAAACUUUUAAGUGUGGCAAUGAUAUUUGCUUUAGGAAACAAAAUGCAAAAUGUGAUGGGACUGUGGACUGUCCAGAUGGAAGCGAUGAAGAAGGCUGCAGCUGCAGAAGGAGUUCCUCCACCCCCCACCGCAUCAUUGGGGGCACUGACACUCAGGAAGGGGGUUGGCCAUGGCAAGUCAGCCUCCACUUCAUUGGAUCUGCCUACUGUGGAGCCUCGGUCAUCUCCAGGGAGUGGCUUAUCUCUGCGGCCCACUGUUUCCAUGGAAACAGCAGGCUGUCAGACCCCACACCAUGGACUGCUCACCUCGGGAUGUAUGUGCAGGGGAAUGCCAAGUUCAUCUCCCCGGUGAGAAGAAUUGUGGUCCACGAGUACUAUAACAGCCAGACUUUUGACUAUGAUAUUGCCUUGCUACAGCUCAGUGUCGCCUGGCCUGAGACCCUGAAACAGCUCAUACAGCCAAUAUGCAUUCCUCCUGCUGGCCAGAAAGUACGCAGUGGGGAGAAGUGCUGGGUGACCGGCUGGGGGCGAAGACACGAAGCAGCCUCUUCGAAAUCCCCAGCUGAAAAUGCAGCCUGA